CCUCACGUCGAAUGCGCUCUCGAAUGCGCUGACCCGGCCUUCUCGAUCUCGUCAAAGGGCUCGACUUGCAACGGGCGACCAGUAGGAUCGCUCCACCACGCGCUUAUUUAGCAUACCAGGAGCAUUGAGAAUUGGAACGAGCCAUUAAGCGGAGCGAACGGCCUGACCCAAGCGGCACUAGAUCGACUCCAUACUCUUUGAUUCUGCCCAUAUUUGGCAAAGGCUACGAAGCCGUGGUGGCAUGGGAACAAGGGCAUGGGAUGGGCAUACAGACGCAAUUGCAGCGGGCGUGCAGUGAGCGCCCCCAGCGAGCCUAGACUAGGCCUUGAAUACCUCUUGAGGACUGCAGCGACCGAAAGAACUGGAGUCAGGUCAUGGAAGCGAACCGAUGUCCGCUCAAAGUUGACAAUCCAAUCCUUACCACUCAUAUCCUUACACUCAAUAAGCAGUUGCGCCUGCCUGCCCUCCCCACUCCAACUUCAACGUCGCCAAUUUUUGAUAUUUCGCAUUCGCGUCCUUCUGCUUGGUUUUUUUCUUCUUCUUGUCCGGUCUUGUCUUGUCGCUGUCGCUGUAACACCUCUUCUCGCGACUGCGGUGUCCUCUGCGACCAUCCGUUUAAUACUUUGCAAGAAACCUAACCUUACCUCACGGCUCCCCUUCCCUGCCCCUCCGAGCCGAACUGUCGCAACUCACUUACCUUACAUACUGUACCUCGCCCUAUCUGCCUACAUCUUGAAGGCCUUUGUCAAUUCAGCUCAGAACCCCGCCUUGGCACUGUCCGAUUCAGAACCUGGAACCAUCUUGCUGGCCAAGUUUGUUCUCAUCGCAAGGCGCAGGCGGCUCGGCCAUAGUCAAGCCUGGCCACUACAGUGACACAAGCUUCACUUUCUUUCCUCUACGGAUACACAUUCUCUCGGUUACCUCUCCGUCCUCGCGUACGAAUACAAAUACAAAUCUAAGU